UUCCCCCUGCAUUUCCAUAGAUAUUGCUUUCUCUUCAUUCUUCAGGAAUUCUCCAGUACUUACUUUUUCUCCCAGAGGAAAAAAAAGAGUGUUGUUACUUGUAUGGCAGCUAAUUUGCAGAGCCGUGGACUGGCGAGCUUCGGAAAGCGAUUUGUGAGCCAGAUCCGUUCUCGUGAUUCUGUCCUCAUUCCUUCAUUCUCUCUCAGGAGGGGUGUGCAUGUUUCAGUCUACGACAAGAACCUGGAGGAGCAUGUCCGCCCGACCGUGGUCCCUGACGAUGUAAUCCCACCCCAACCUGACCAAUACUGGGCUCCUCACCCUCAGACCGGGGUGUUUGGCCCUGCAACGGACCACAAACCGUCUUUUGUUGGGGACCGUGGUUUACGUGUAAGCGCUAGUGCAGAUUCAGUGUUGGACCAAAAAGCCUUCUUCCGCCCCCUAGAGGACUUGGACAAGCCUGUCCAACCUUGAGCUGUAGAAACAAGCACCUUCGCGCCCUAUACCUACUAUAAAAUAAGAUCUUAGCGUGAGUAUAAAACAUAGGUUUGGCCUCGUAUAUAUAUAUAUAUAUAUACAUAUAUAUAUAAAGACCGUAUAAACAAGUGCUGUGAAAUAAUUCCGUGUCAGCGAUUAUAUGUCACUUCUGUGUGUAAUUGGGUGAGAAGUUGCUUUGUAGUGCGAUGAUGCUUUCACCAUAUGAUAUUGUUGUACUUAAUGGGUGGUUGUGGAGUUAUCCCCAUCCCUCUUUGGUAUGGAAGAAGAACUUUGUUACUUUUAUUA